CGAGAUUUUGUAUCCGCAAAUAUUGAAGAGACCCAUUUGUUCUGUUCUCAGAAUGCAAGAUCCAUCAUCGUUUCAACCUCUAAAACCUCAUUUUGACCAAGAACAAGAACACCUCAAAUGUCCUCGUUGUGAUUCAAUGAACACCAAAUUCUGUUACUACAACAAUUACAAUCUUUCCCAACCUCGCCAUUUCUGCAAGAAUUGCAGACGGUAUUGGACUAAAGGGGGUGCCCUUCGAAACAUUCCUGUGGGCGGUGGCACCCGCAAGAACUCAAAGCGUUCGUCAAUUCCAAAGCGUUCUUCAUCAUCAGCUUCAUCUUCAUCUGCCCAGAAUGUAGUUCCGAAGCCUGAACCUUCCAGUUUCUACAGUUCAUCGGUGACCAACAUGGAUCAGGAUCGUCAAAUGCUAGACGUAACAGGAAGUUUCAGCUCUCUUCUGGCCUCCAAUAGUCAAUUCGGGAAUCUGUUAGAGGGUCUGAAUCCAAGCGGUUCAAGCAUUAGAACAGUACAAUUUGGAGAAUUUGCAGAGAAUUCAAGCUCAAGCUCGAUUGUGAAUCCUACAUUAGAGUUGCAGACCAACAAUACCCAGGAGACAUUCUUGGGUAUUCAAGGUGGUGGUGAUUCAAGUUGCUGGGGCAGUGGAAAUGGGUGGCCUGAUCUUGCCAUUUACACCCCAGGUUCAAGCUUUCAAUGAAAUUGAAAAAAAAAAAAAUCAAAUCAAAUCAAAGACACCUCUUUUUCUUGGUUUUGUGGUUUGAUUUUAGAAAUCUGAUACAACAGAUUAAUAUGAAUAUUUUCUACUUAUUUUAGCAUUCUCUGAUGCUAAGGUGACAUUGAUUGUACUUGGUUGGUAUCUGUUUGCAGAGAUAGAAGAAGAGAAAACUUUCUCCAUUAUGGAAUGUUUCUCCUUCUUUCUUUCUUUUGGGUUUUGU